CGCCGAUGAUUUGGUGCAAUGCGAACACUUAGGUCUGAGCGUGUGUGCGCCGCUAUCGGAUAGAAAGAUAGAUGGAUAGAUAGGCGGGAGCAGCCAGCAGCCUCCCACUCCUCCUAUUGCUAUAACAACCACAGGGCGGUCGGUGUGACUCGAUGGCACGGCAGCACGGAUGAGACUGCCAAGUGUCAUCCCGACCUCUCUGCGCACCGCAUCGCCGCUUGACACUGACUGAAUCCCGGCCAAAAGGAGAAGAAGGAGGAGGAGGAGGAGGGAGAGAAGUCUGUGUUUCCCCCCCGUCACAGUGAUCUGAACAGCGGGGACGCUCGGAGCUUGGGAUCCGCUACGUCAAAGAGAUUAGUCAAAUAACCUCUCGGGGUAGGACAGACCUCCCUCCCUCUGGGCUUGCCUGGCUGCAUGCAUGGGCUCAGCGGCAACAUAGACCGCGCCGACAAAUAGCCAGGAAGCCCCAAGGAGAACCAGAGAAGUACUUUUCUUUUCUUUUCUUUUUCUUUUUUUUUUUUUUUUGAAAAAAGAAAAAAAAAAUUCUGGCUGGCUGAGACAGCUGUGGUGAUCCUCCAAGCAGCGUCUCUUCCUCUCCUCCCCCCACCCCUGUGCGAAAUGGCGAAAGAAAACGGCGAGUCCAGCGAUGGAUCUUGGAAGAAGCACGUCGAUGAUAUCAAGAAGAUAUUUGACUUCAAGGAAGUCCUUGGGACCGGUGCGUUUUCCGAAGUGGUGAUGGCUCGGGAGAAUGCCACGGGGAAGAUGGUCGCGAUCAAGUGCAUCCCGAAAAAGGCGCUCAAGGGGAAGGAGACGAGCAUCGAGAACGAGAUCGCCGUCCUGAGGAAGAUCAAGCACGAGAACAUAGUGGCCCUGGAAGACAUCUACGAGAGCUCCAACCACCUGUACCUCAUAAUGCAGCUGGUGUCUGGAGGUGAGCUGUUUGACCGCAUCGUUGAGAAGGGCUUCUACACAGAGAUGGACGCCAGUCGGCUCAUUCGUCAGGUUUUAGACGCCGUCAACUACCUACACUCCAUGGGCAUCGUGCACAGAGACCUAAAGCCCGAGAACCUGCUGUACUUCAGUCCUCACGAUGAGUCAAAGAUCAUGAUCAGUGACUUUGGCCUGUCGAAGAUGGAGGGGACGGGGGGCGUGAUGGCCACCGCCUGUGGGACUCCCGGUUACGUAGCUCCUGAGGUUUUGGCACAGAAGCCGUACAGUAAAGCCGUGGAUUGCUGGUCCAUUGGGGUCAUCGCUUAUAUUCUGCUGUGCGGUUACCCUCCGUUUUACGACGAGAAUGAUUCAAAGCUGUUCGAGCAGAUUCUCAAGGCCGACUAUGAGUUUGACGCGCCGUACUGGGAUGACAUAUCAGACUCUGCCAAAGACUUCAUCAGCUGUCUAAUGGAGAAGGAUCCAGAGAAGAGAUUCACAUGUGACCAGGCUCUCGAGCACCCCUGGAUUGCCGGAGACACGGCUCUCUGCAAGAACAUACACGAAUCAGUCAGCCGGCAGAUGCGCAAAAACUUUGCCAAAAGCAAAUGGAGGCAAGCCUUUAAUGCGACGGCUGUGAUCCGCCACAUGAGGCGCCUGCAGCUGGGCACCAGCUUUGGCAGCAGCAUCCACAACUCCAGCUCCAACCCUCAGAGCCGAGCUCCAGCCAAGAGCCAGUCUGUGGACUGUGCCCCGCUCUCCCUGGUGGACUGUCCUCCCAUAGCUCCUUUGCCGUCCGCCGUUAAAGUGUACAAUCAGGGCUCCGACGCCUCCCCUCCCUUACGAGAGGAGCCCCCGUUGGUGGCUGAGCCCCCGCGGCCCCGACCCUCCACCGUCACCGUGAUCCACACUGGGACUAAAUGACGCCAGGUUCCGCGGGAGGUGAGCUGGGAGACCACGGAGCUCUGAGACCGGGGGGUGGGAGAGAAACCGCCCCUGGCUUGGUGAUUCAGCGUCGUCGCCCAGUUUGCCCAUCCCGCCGCCUCCCAUCUGUUUCUGCUAAGCACGGGAGGAAUUUGAGGAGCCCUGUCUCGGCUCCAUUUACCAUGGCUCAGCACGGCACACACACACACACACACACACACACACACCCUCUCUCCCAUGCUUCCCUUCUCACCACCAAGUAUGACCUGGAAGUACAGAGGGGGAGAGACUCACCUCAUGUUGCUAUUGUGGAGGCCAUGUUCAGUCCCGAUCUCGGUCGUCUGGCAGACAAACAGACGCAUGGUCUGGGAAGUGCCACACUAAAGAAAACUCUUUACUGAAGCUGCUGUCAUUUCUGACUCUGAGUAAGAGUCGUUUUUUUUUUUUUUUUUUUUUUUUUGACGGGACGUUCCACUGUUUGCCUUGUAUAAAUUAUCCUGCCUGGAACUGUUGAGUGGAGUCGUGUUAUGCAAGUGAAUUGUAAGCUUCAAGUUUCGGUAAAUAAUCGUGACAUCAUCUGCACUCUGAACUUCUCGUUGUUUUUUUUUUUUUGUUUUUUUUUCGACAGCCCUCGUUAAUUUGCUGUGGUAUUUGCUGCAGUGGCUCACGGCAUCCCAACAGUAUGACAGCACGUGUACGUGUCUUUGCUUUUAAGUGUGUGGAAAUGCGCUUCAGUCGCGGCUGUGAUCGAUCGAGAGGGCCGGUGCGUUGCACUAAUGUGUUGGAAUAUUUAUUUUCUUACAUUAUAAUACGACUUUUGUAAGAAGACCGCUCGCAGGAUAGCGUACAUGUGUCCGUUAGACUGGACUGAAAGGUUGUCAGCUGAAUGAUGUACAGUAUCUUAAUAGUUUCUCGCUUUGUAAUCGCUGUAUUGUUUGAUGACUUUAUUUUUGACUGUGAAGUCCUCCUCGACCACAGGAGGGCAACCACGGCUCGUCUCUUUGUGACCAGUUCUCAGGGAUGUGAACAUGAAGCCAACCAAACCCGUCUCAGAGCAGAUCACACGCUGCUGUUUUGGAACGAGGACGGCGGCGUCGUUGAAAAGCAAAACCUCCGCAUGCGGUAUAUUUACUCUGAUGUGCCACUGGGAGAGUUUUCCAGACGUUUCCUUUCUUCAAAGUCAUUGGCAGUGUGAGAAUGAUGAGUAACUCAACUCACACCGGAUGGAUUGUUUUCCCUUUAAAUUAUAUUUUGGAUGUAAACAAAGUGUUCACUGGUGAAGUGUGCAUUCAUGUCUGUGAAAAUGAAGAAAAAAGAAAAAAAAGACAAAUGACAGAUGAAUGCCGAUGUAUCCUGGUUAAUAUUGCAGAGUCAAAUCGGUGGUGUACAGUCCGGUAGUUGAAAAUAUCAUGCUCUGCUGCUUCCGCUCAUGAAGUGGCUGGUCUGAAAACGGCUCGCUCACUCUGUGUUUAAUCACUGUGCUUUCAUACCAGCCUGUUGAAUUUAGCAGAAAGACUCUUUCUCCUGCUCUCUCCCGCUCGCUGUCUGCAGACCUUCACACAGAGAAGAGAAGGGAUUUUGUCUUAUUUGUAUUUUCUCUGUGGUACCUCUACUUAAUUUUAAUCACUCAAAAUGAACAGGGGGGGAAAAAAACAAAAGAUACACUCCUAAAAAACAAAAAAAAAAAACAAAAGGGACCCUAGUGUCGAGGGUUUUGUCAUUAGAGUUACCUAUAAAUGAAUAUCCAAAUGGACUACUUCUUCUUACUGUAAAUACAAAAUUCAACAACAUUUGCCUGGGUCUUGAGUGUUUAUUUUUGUCUUCCCUAUACCCCCCCUCCCAAAAAAUAAAAAAACUAAUUAAAUAUGAAGAAAGCCCCUCAGUAUGCAUGUAUUACAUAUUGUUGCAGAAAUGUAAUUUGGAGUUGUAGAGAUUUAUGUAUUAAAAAGGAGGCUUGUUUGCA